CAAAGCACAGACUGUCGUCUUCAUCCUUGGGGUCUCCUCUCUGUCUCUCUCCAUUUUUAUUUUUAAGUGAAGGUUUUGUCUUCUCCUUCUCCACUCUCUCUGCACUCCCCCCCGAUGCUCGAAAUACCCAACGCCGCCGCCGCCGCCGCUGAUGACGACGACAUGGACGACGGCAUGAGGUGCCGUUACCAUCCUUAUCGGAGCAACCAAGGAGGGAUCUGCGCUCUUUGUCUUCAAGAGAAGCUCGGAAAAUUAGUCUCUUCCUCUUCUCCACUUCCUCUUCCACCUUCUUCUUCUUCCUCCUCCUCCUCUUUUAGAUCUGAUUUCGCCGCCGUCGGCUCUGCCGCUUCGUCGGUUAAAUUUGGGGGUCACUGCCACGAUCAUCACGCGGCGGCGGCGGCGGCAAGGACUCGAAUCCCCUUUCUGUCGAAGAAGAAGAAGCAGCCGGAGGCAGGUUUCCGCCGGUGUAAAUCCACUACAACUCCGGCGAGAGGGAAAUUUCUGGAUCCCUACCACGGCGAAGAUUAUAAUCCGAAAAACAGAGGAUGGAUUUGGUCUCUGUUCGAUCUUUCAACUAAAUCCCAUUCUUCGAGGAAAAUCGAUCAUGGGUUUAAGGAAAAAUCCACGGAAACGUAUAAAGAUUUCUCCAGCACGGCGGAGGACGACGGCGAGGAUAGUCCGAACAGUAGUCAUGCCUCUGCCUCUGCCUCUGCCUCGGUUUCUUCGUUUGAACGGAAGGUAUCUAGAUCCAGAUCCGUCGGGUGCGGUAGCCGGAGUUUCUCCGGCGACUUCUUCGAAAGAAUCACCGGUUUCGGCGACUGUACACUGCGGAGAGUGGAGUCUCACAGAGAGGGAAAACCCAAAAUAACCUCCACCGCCAUCGCCGCCGUGAACAAUAGCAGCGAGUGCCUGAAAGAGCGAGCGAAUUGCGGCGGAAUAUUCGGUGGGUUCAUGAAUCAAACAUCGUCGUCUUCGUCUUCCGCCUCGUCGUCGUACUGGGUGUCGUCAUCCUCCGGCGAUGACGGGAGGUUCCCGCCGGCACCAUGCGGACAGGGGCGGAGCAAGAACAGAGGGUGGGCAUUUGCAAGUCCGAUGAGAGCGUUCGGUAAGCCGCCGUCUUCCUCGUCGGAAGGAAAACGGGAAUCAUCGGAGAAAAAUUCAACUCCAAAUUUGGACGCGAUUCCUUCAUUGCUGGCUGUAAGAAUCUGAACACAAAAUUAAAUUCAAAUUAAGAUGCAGUAAUUUAAAUUUACGUACUAAUGAUGAAAUUAAUUAUCUUUUUUAUUUAAUUUUAAUUUUUAUGUUGUUUAAAUUUCCAGUGGAUAUUGUAAAUUGUUAUUGAGACUUCAAGGAGUCAAAACUUCUACCCGUUGGUCUUGUUUGUGUAUUUUCGAAUAUUGUUGACUGGCAUGACCGGUUGUCCGGUUGUUUUUGUUUU